CGACAGGUCACUAUGAAAAGUAUGAAGACCACGCUGUUUCUAUCCCUACUGGCGGGCACACUGCUGUCCAGUAGUGGACAAGGUUCCUCGGUAGCCACUAGGGCUCGAUUCCGGGCGGUACGAGAGAAAAUCAACCUGCUUGGGGAAAUCUUGGAGCAGAUCGAACAAGUGGCAGAUAUGGCCGCCCAUCGGGAACUCAAGGACACGUUGACUGCCGGCAGACGUACCUCUCACAGGAUCCGCCAACAACCAUCCAAACUGAUCAUUUACAAGGACGUUCUUACAGGUGAAGACAUGUUCACCAAUCGAAACAAGAUAACCGUGAGGGACGAUCGGUUCUACGAGGUUGAGUGUAAGACUGUUAAAAUGUCUUUCGACGUCGACGACUCUUUUAUCGGGGGCAACCGAAACGCUGAGGUAGAGGACGGUGGCAAGUCUGAGCCCGGAAAGAUCGGGUGCGAUAUUGUGGUUGCAAGCAAGCUGGAGUCGGCUUCUUUAAUUCACACCGAGGGGGAUUAUCGUGGAUAUUUAAAAAAAUACACCAAAAACAUGCUGAAAUAUCUACAAAAGAACAAACCAGGCAGGGUAGAGGGAUUCAAAGCUGCCGCGCAGGCCUGGGCUCAACUCGUUUUGCCGGACAACUUCAAAAACUGGAAGUUCUUCACAGGGGAAGACGACCAGUAUGACAUGGAAGGCAUGGUGCCGCUGCUGCGUGUCAGGGAGGACGGAGGCACUCCCUACAUGCUCUUCAUCAAGGACGGCCUGGUAGAAGAGACAUAUUAAAGUAAGACGAAGACGUGGGACUCCAAUCUCAACUCAACUGCCGGUUCCAACUUCAAGAAACACCCAAGCCUUUAGUCGUGUUACAUGUGGGGCACAGGCAGCGGUAUGCUGGCAUGGUGUUUCCUAUGUUUCCCAACGAAGAACUCAGGACCGAGGACCUUGUUAGAAUGAAGUGCUUGUAGAGUGCCUGCGACUUCCUCCACCGAUACUACAAUUGUGCUGAGUUCUUCGUUGGUUAACAUAGGAAGUCACACCAGCAUACCUACAGAAAUCCUGCAAGUUGGAAAUUACAGUUAAGAUUGUUCCAGAAUUACUUCUACCAGCACGGAUGAGCUUACAACUAAACUUCAAACUGAUAUUGCUGAUAGUAUUGUUACCUCCAUGAAAAAUGGAGCUGUUUAGUCUAAAAGAUGUUUGGGGGUAUGUCUCAAGAUCCGCUGAAUGGAUUGCGAUAGUAUUUAGCAGGUGGGUAGGUGGGGUGAUUUGGAUGGUGAAGGUCAAUUUUGAACACCUGUUGAUUGACCUUGGUACUGUAGUAGGAAAUCUUUAAAUAUCUUCAGCGCUGAAUGUCCUGUGGUCAUGAUGUCUUGGUGGCAAAUACCCGUUGCCAUAAAGGUUUAGUGGUGUAAAUUUGCCCCCCCCCCUCUAGCUGUUUGCUGUGUUGCUUACUUUUGUGGUUUUUGUUUGGGUCAUGGGUUAAAGUUUUAUUCUAUGUCUAUAUUCUGGAAUUGUGUUGUUGUAGAAAUUAGGAUGAUAAGCUUUAUUGCAAUACAUUGUACCAUGUACGAUCAUCGUGCAAUUAAGUUCUUCGUUUCAGCUUCCCACAGUAAUUAUGACUGUGUAUUCUAGUGUCUUCCUGAAAAAUCCAACAUUCAACACGUUUUACACAAUGUACAACUACAAGACUGAAUGAUAAAAAAGUUCACCUUUGAGUUGACCAGGAUGAAGCUUUAUUUACAUAACAUUAACUACUGACACAAGAUAAAGCAAGAAAUUUAAAAAAAAAAACUCAUCUCAUGGAAGUCUGAGGUCUUAGAAGUAUAGAACGCUUGUUAGUUAUGUGGCUUAUUUCAUUUUAGGUAGUCUGCACCGAGGCUGCGUACGUUAGUUUUGAAAUUUGAAUGUUUUCCUUUCCUGGACUCAAGUUUUUGUUUUACAACAAGCUAAUGUCAAACCUUUAUUUCAAUAAAACGAUCAUUGAAAAAAUA